AUGAGUGAAGUAAAUCGAAUAAUACAGUUGUUUCGAGAACGAACUUCUAAAGAACUUCUGGUUUCAUCAUCACUUACUCCAUUUCAAGAAGAAGAACUUGCUAAUCAAUUAUUCGAUGUAUUCGAGUCAAUAUGGACAAGCACUUCGUAUAAUCAAGAAGACGAAACAACUCUGGAUCAUAAUACAUCAGACAAUGAAACAGAUGAGUGCGAACACGAACCUGAUGAACCAUCUGAUGAUCCAGAUUAG